UCGUUGACGACCUCGUGAAAUCAACACUUGGCCGCCUGGGCUCAAGGGUAUGAACAAGAUUCUGCAAUCGGCAUCUUCGGGGGAUAUCCAGGACCCGGGUGACUCGUGACGGUUCAGCGAUUCUAAAGUCCAUCCAGCUCGACAAUCUAGCAGCCAAGGUCCUCGUCAACAUCUCAAAAGUCCAAGACGACAAAGUCGGAGAUGGAAAGGAUAGGCUUGUGUGUGCUAGCAGCAGAGCUGCUGAGUGAAGUAGAGAGGUUGAUUUCAAUGAAGAUACGUCCUCAGACGAUUGCGGAGGGAUACCGGCGGGUCGCGAGCAUUGCUGCGUUUGCGGCACUGGAGAAGGAAGUGAUCGAUCACUCGUAUGUCUUCGCGUUAUUGCAUCGCUCUAAUUUUUCUUCCGGACACGACUUGGUUAUGCUCUCAAAUAGCUCCGAUGCUGUCCAAUUCUGUCAAAAUAUUUUCACGGCCACCACUCGUCGCUGAUAGUGACAUUGCAAGCAUGUUCAACAGACCAGAUCUGAUAAAACAUGGGAAGUGCGAUUUAAUCGAGGAAAUCAUCAUUGGGGAGGAUAAGGUUGGUGUCAUCAUUCACUUGCUGAUUUUGAGCUCAUCAGAAGUCACAACUCAUAAAAUUCUAUGGUGUUUGUGCGGGCGAAGCCUGUACUGUUGUGUCAAAGAGAUACUUAUUCUCUUGGGAGGUGUAUGGUCCGAGAUGUUGAUGAGCUGCGCCGCGGAGGAGGACGCGCGAAAGGUCAAGGGCAAGAAGUCGAUAGCUCAGCUGAGGCAUUUAUUUAGCCAUGCGCUGAGACAAAUCCCAACUAUCUUCGCGGACAACGCUGGCUAUGACUCAAGGGACCUCGUUAUCAGACUUAAAGAAGCACAUUAUAAGGGACAGUCAGAUUCCAGACUCGAUACGAACCAAGGCGCCAUUGGGUGUCACGGAAAGCUAUUAGCUGAAGCCGCAGAUUGUGCUUAGUGCAAGCGAGGCAAGGGGGAUGCUAAUAAGGUAUGCAGCUGUACAGUGCACCUUCCAGAUCAAGAUCUUUCCUUAGACCCUGGGGUGGAUGAUAUUCUACGUGCAAUGCCUCGGAGGCGUGAAAAAGUACUUGGCUAGCAUAAUAUUCAUGUCAUGUUUGAUAACUGCAAUGGCCUCUACAGUG